UUCCUUUGCUAAGCACUUAGCCCUCCACCGCCCCUUAUCCCUCUCUCUCUCUCUCUCUCUCUCUCCCUCACAGAACUAUACAAGAAAUGGCCAUUCCGACAUUUUCUGCAGCUACCCUUCUACUCUUUGUGCUAAAUUUAUGCUUUAGAGGCACUUAUGGUGACUAUGGAGGCUGGCAAAGUGGCCAUGCCACCUUCUAUGGCGGGGGUGAUGCUUCUGGCACAAUGGGUGGUGCUUGUGGAUAUGGCAAUUUGUACAGCCAAGGGUAUGGUACUAACACUGCAGCACUUAGUACUGCCCUAUUCAACAGUGGAUUAAGCUGUGGUUCUUGCUACGAAAUGAGAUGUGACAAUGACCCUAAAUGGUGUCUUCCUGGAUCAAUCAUUGUCACUGCUACAAAUUUCUGUCCUCCUAACUAUGCUCUCGCUAAUGACAAUGGUGGUUGGUGUAAUCCUCCUCUCCAGCAUUUUGACAUGGCUGAGCCUGCUUUCUUGCAAAUUGCUCAAUACAGAGCUGGGAUUGUCCCUAUUUCAUUUAGAAGGGUGCCCUGUGUGAAGAAAGGAGGAAUAAGGUUCACCAUUAAUGGACACUCAUACUUCAACUUGGUAUUAAUAUCAAAUGUUGGAGGAGCAGGAGAUGUACAUUCUGUGUCAAUCAAGGGUUCAAAGACAGGAUGGCAAGCUAUGUCAAGAAACUGGGGCCAAAAUUGGCAAAGCAAUGGGUAUUUGAAUGGACAAAGCCUCUCUUUUCAAGUUACUACAAGUGAUGGAAAAACUGUGACAAGCUAUAAUGUUGUGCCUUCUAACUGGCAGUUUGGGCAAACAUUUGCAGGUGGACAAUUUUAGACUUUUGAAUUAAUUAAAAAAAUUAAUUAUUUGGCAUUACAUUUGUAUAUUUUAAUGUUGUUUGUGUAAGGAUAUGAGAGUGUGGGGUUAGGGUUAUAGCCUAUAGGACAAGGUUGGUUGGCCCAAAUGUGGCUGGCUGUUGGCUGAGGUGGUUUAUUGGCACCCGCUUGGCCUUUUUUUCUUUUUGUCUUUUUAAUUUUUUAUUUUUAUUACAAAAGCAAAAGUAAUGAUAUGUAGUUAGUUUUUGAAUAGGGAUAUUUCACCUUUGGCUGUGAAAUAUCAUUCCUUUUCUCUUACAUAUAUUUAUGUUGAUGAACAUUUUGAUUAUCCUUUUGCAUUUGCUCAAUUUGAAUCAUAAUAAGAUCUCCAAUUUCAA